AUGUCUUCAAAUAGUACUAAUAGUAAUUCUUCCAAGAAUGAUGCCAAAGUUAAUUUUGAAUAUUUGUGGAAGGAAUUCGUUUUUAAAUCGGUAAAUUUAAUAUUGAAUCACCGUAUAAACUGGCCUAUUGAUCGGGUGAAGGAUGAGAAAACAACAUCAUGGUUUCAAAUUAAAUUACAAGAAACGGAGGAGGUGAACAAAGAUUUGGAAAAGCUGUUCAAGACCUUCUCUCCAAAAGCAACUCAAAAAACGAUAUUUAUUGAUAUAUAUGCAGAAGAAACACCAACAAGCCCAAAUGAAAAGGGUAAAAAACAUUUAAUGGAGAGAUGGUGUAUUGAAUAUAUGGAUAAAUCAAGAGAAGCCACACUAACCGAGAAGCAGCAAGAUGAAUUACUGUAUCAAGUGCGUGUGGCAUACAGAAAAUUUAUUGUACUAUUCCGAUCUCUAUUUUCAUAUAUUCUGUUAUUACCUGCAUAUUCGAUCUAUCAAAAGCUGCAAAAACAUAGAACAGGAAUGGGAUAUACUUUGGGAUUCGUGCUUUCUCAUGUUGAACCAACUUCACCUAUCGAACCAACUUACUUACGAAGCGUUGAUUUUCAUUCUAUCGAAGCCACUUCAAUGUGCAAACUCAAAGUUAGUGUAAAAUAUAGAAAGCAAAAAUUUUCAGAGCUAUUAACUGUCAGCGAUCAUUCAGUGUUGAGAGAAAGUCAAAUUGAUGUGGACUAUUUCUCGGAUAACAAGAAUGAACAACCAAUUAACGAGGAUAAUAAGAAAAAGAGGACAUUAUCUGUUCAUUAUAGUGAACCAAUUUCUAGUAAUUUGGAAAAUCCUGUAGAACCUUCAUCUCUAAAAGAGGAAAUUAUUCCUCCUCUUGAUAUCGAUCGAAAAAGAGAGAGAGCUGUGAGCAUGCCCCCUAAAAAAAAGGAACCACAAAACAUCAAUAAUGAAGAUGUUCCAAACAGCAGCCAAUCUCUCAGCAAACCUGUAAAUAUUCCACUCACCUUUGAACGUCACAAACUUCCAAGCAAAUUUCUACCAACAGAAACUCCACCAUUUUCUAAUGCAUUUUCCCUUGGAUCAUCUCCUGCUUCUUUACCUCGACAAAACAGUGUAAAUAACAUGACACAUGUAUCUCCUCCAUUUAGUUUUGAAAAUCUCAAAUUUUCCCCUAUUGGAUCUUAUACUCCACCAUCAUUACUAUCUGAAUCUCUUCUGAAAGAAUCCCCAAGUUCAAAUCAAGCAUUCGAAAGAUAUAGUACCGUACCACCCAUGUUUGUUGGAAGCUUAAAAGACAUUCCAAGCUCUCUUGAAUCUCACAGACAUAAAUUCCAAAUGGACUUUAUACCAACACUUCUUGAAGAUAUCGAGAGCAUGAGAGAGCAUGAUGAAUUUGAUCACAACCAUCAUGGUUCAUCAACUAUUGAUGAUGAUUUUCCAUUUCUUGGGUCUAUUGAAGAUAUGCACAACACGCCUGGCAGUGAGGGGCAUGACGAUGAUAAGGACGAAAAAAUUGGAGCGCUUUUAACAAUGCUUUCGAAAGCGUCACACCAUUCGACCUCAUUCAACCCAACGUCCAUGGAAAACAUUGUGAAAGACUUUGAGCAAAUUAGAAUCACGUUGCAGUCAUUAGACAAAAACCAAUAA